AUGGCCCUGAACUUCAUAUGCGGCUGGCUUUCGGCCAUCUUUUGCUCGCCAAUACGCCUGCUGCACGCAUUACUCCCGAGAUUGUUUGCAGGCGCUCCCAGCACUUCCUUUGUAGAGGCUUCACCUAAUAGCAAGGAGACGAGAAUGCCCAAAUUCUACCACGACGACGAGGCAUGGGCGGACAUUGAACCACUCGCGCAAGAUGACGGCGGCAUGCACCCGCUCGCCGCAAUCGCAUAUACAGAGGAGUAUAGCGAGGCUAUGGGCUAUCUGCGCGCUGUCAUGGCACAGAGCGAGUUCAGCGAGCGAGUCUUGGAGCUCACAGAGCACAUUAUUAGCAUGAACCCGGCACAUUAUACAGUCUGGCUCUAUCGCGCUAAAGUCACCUCAGAAAUCGGUAGAUCGCUACAAGACGAAAUCGCCUGGCUCAACCCAACCGCCCUCAAGCACCUCAAGAAUUACCAAAUUUGGCACCACCGACAGACCAUCAUCAACGCGCUCGGCUCACCCGAAGGCGAGCCCGAAUUCAUAAGCACGAUGCUGGAGCAGGACUCGAAAAACUAUCAUGUAUGGAGUUACAGACAAUGGCUGGUGAAGCGAUUCGACUUGUUCGACAAGCCAGAAGAGUUGACGUGGACGGACAACAUGAUCCAGGACGACGUUAGGAACAAUUCCGCUUGGAAUCAUCGGUACUAUCUAGUUGCCGGUCGUGGAGGCAAAUUGAGGGCAGAGAUCGCAGAUCGGGAGAUCGAGUACACAAAAGCAGCUAUCCGCAAAGCACCUCAGAACCAGAGCCCGUGGAAUUAUAUAUCGGGCAUUGUUCGAGUGGCUCAGCUUCCCAAGUCCACACUCAAGGAUUUUGCGCUCGAGUUCGCAGACGUCCAGACCCCGGAAGAGGUCUACUCAAGUCAUGCGCUCGACAUUCUUGCUGAUAUCUACUCGGAAGAGGAGAAUAGUAAAGAGAGCGCAGAGAAAGCCCUAGACCUCCUGGCGACAAAGUACGAUCCGAUCAGGGCAAAUUACUGGAACUUUAGGAAAGGCUUGCUUGAGCAGCCUACUGCAUGA